UGGUUUUUGAGCUCAACAUCGAUCUUAUUAUCUUAAUUUUGGUCCUGUGUUUUUUGUACAAUACUUCGUUUGAAAUGGAUGUGAUUGACGGGAAAGCUAAGAAAGGGCUGAUCGUCCAGACAUGGGAACGGUGCAGAUCGAUCGGCCGCGGCGGCCCUCUCCCCCCUGCCGUGAUGACGAAAAGCCGGUCGUGGCCUCGCAGCAGCAUCCCGGCGGAGGACGAAAGGCGUUUGGGGAAACAGCGGGUGGCUCCGGAAGGAUGUUUCUCCGUCUACGUCGGGCCGCAGAAACAAAGGUUUACGAUCAAGACGAAGUACGCCAACCACCCUCUCUUCACCGCGCUUCUGGAAGAAGCAGAAUCGGAGUAUGGGCACAACAGUGAAGGGCCUCUUGAGCUGCCGUGUGAGGUUAACCAUUUCUGCGAGAUCUUGGUGGAGAUGAAGAACUCCCGCGAGGUCCGGCGGGGCUGCAACUUCGCCAAAACUCGCAGCUCCUCCUAUCACGUUCUCAGUCCUUCGCGGUUGGUCGCGCGCGCCAUGAAUAGGUUUUAGUUUUGAGCAAGCAUGCGUGUAAUUUCUCUUUAAAAUAGCUUGUUCUGUGCCAUGGAUGGUUUCUGAACUUCCAAAUCUUGUGAGAAGGGGAAGAAGAUGAGCCGAUUUGACAGAAGCUCUGUAUGAUCAUAACAGAAGUAUAUUGUCAACCGUGUUUAAUCAUGGAUGUUAAAAUGAUAUUAUAACCGUGUCAUGAUAUUAUUUGUAUCUUGUUUUUAGAUAA